AUGUCUACUGAAAAACAAAACAUUUCUUACAGCGAAGAAUACGACGCUAAACCAACUACUCAAUAUCAAGAGGAUGUCAAUUCAAAGGUUUCUGAAUCCGACGUUGGUAUUGAAGAAAUCAAUGAAUUGGAGUAUUAUGAUCUUCCAGAGCUGCUUCAACAUAUGACUCAAGAAGAAUUGAAAACAUUGGACAAGAAGACUACCAGAAAAAUCGAUUUGAGAUUGUUGCCAAUGUUGAUUAUUCUUUACAUCAUGAAUUAUAUCGAUAGAACUGCUAUUGCUAAUGCAAGAUUGGGAACUUUAGAAGAAGAUUUGAACUUGGUUGGUAAUCAAUACCAAACUGCUUUAUCUGUCUUAUUCGCUGGUUAUAUUCUUUUCCAAGUUCCAUCAAACAUGUUGAUGAACAAAUUGGGUCGUCCAUCUGCUUACCUUGCUGUUGUUAUGACUAUUUGGGGUGCUGUUUCUACUUGUACUGGUGCAGUUCAUAACUUCACCGGUUUAGUUAUUGUCCGUGUCUUGCUUGGUGUUGUUGAAUCUGCUUUCUUCCCUGGUGCCUUAAUGAUCUUGUCCAGUUGGUACGAUAAAAAGAGUCUUUCAUUGAGAAACUCCAUCUUGUUUUCUGGUUCAUUGAUCAGUUCUGCUUUCAGUGGUUUGCUUGCUGCUGGUAUUUUGGAAAUGGAUGGUUUGGGUGGUGUUGCCGGUUGGAGAUGGUUAUUUAUUCUUACCGGAGCUCUCACUGUUGUUCUUGCCCCAAUUGCAUACUUUGUUUUACCAGAUAACCCAAACAACACUAAAUUCUUAACUCAAGAAGAAAAAGACAUUGUUAUGUGGAAAUUGAAGAAAGAUCUUGGUAAUGUUGAUGACUCCGACAAAGAAGCUAAAGAAUCUGACUGGCAAGGUUUCUUACACGCAAUUAAAGAUAUCAAAGUUUGGUUAUUGGUUGCUACUCAAUCUUUCUUGGUUGCUGCUUGUGGUGUUACUAACUUUUUCCCAUCUGUCGUUAAAACUUUGAACUUUGACAGAACUACUACUUUGUGUUUAACUGCACCACCAUUUGUUCUUGCUGUUAUUGCUACUUUUAUUUGGGCCAAACACGCUGAUAUUUCAGGUGAAAGAUUCUGGCACAUUACCAUUCCAUUGUUACUGGCUUUAACUGCCUUCAUCAUUGCUGCUGCGCUGUUAAACAUUGGUGCUCGUUACUUCAGUAUGUGUUUGAUGAUUCCAUCCCUUUAUUGUGCAUUCGUUGUUAUUCUUACCUGGGUUGCCAAUUGUUGUCCACGUCCACCAGCUAAACGUGCCGCUGCCAUUGCAUUGGUUAACUGUUUGAGUAACUCCACCUCUAUCUGGAACGCUUACUUGUACCCAUCCAGUGAUGCUCCUCGUUACUUAAUUGCCUUCUGCUGUAACUGUGGUUUUAUUGUUGCUGCCAUUGGUUUCGCUAUCGGUUUGAGAAUUAGAUUAAUGGUCUUGAACAAGAGAAUUGAAAGAGGAACCAUGAACUGGCAAAAGGAAUUCGGUAAAGGAAAUGAUGGAUCUAAGAUUUCUGCUGAUUUCAGAUUCUUAUACUAA